AUGGUGCAAGGAACAUUUGGAUAUUUAGACCCUGAAUACAUGCAAACGAACCAAUUGAAUGAGAAAAGUGAUGUAUAUAGCUUUGGAGUAGUCCUUGUGGAGCUAUUAACAGGAAAAAAGGCAUUGAGCUAUGACAGGCCGGAGGAGGAGAGAAAUUUAGCUAGUUAUUUUCUUUCGACACUCCGGCAAGGCCACUUAUUCCAAAUUCUUGAUGAUAAUAUCGCAAGUGAAGGAAAUAGUAAGCAGUUAGUAGCAGUUACUAUGCUUGCGAAAAGGUGUUUAUACGUGAGAGGACAGGAUAGACCUUUUAUGAAGGAAAUAGCUAUGGAACUUGAAGGUCUGAGACUAUCAGCAAAACACUCUUGGGCACAAAAUGAAUCCAACACAGAAGAGAUGGAAUCCCUUAUUUCUAUGGAGCUCAAUACCUUCUCCGGUAUUGAAGGCAAUAGCAAAGGUAUUGUGUAUGAUAGCAUGAGGAAUGAUAUAAUUCUACCAGUGGGCGGUGGAAGAUGA